AUGAAGAUCUCAGCUAAAAUUUCUGAAGCGGAGAAGGAAAAACGUGUGUGGUGGUCGUUCGAGUAUUUUCCUCCUAGAACUGCUCAGGGCUUGCAAAACUUAUUGGAUCGCAUUGAGCGCAUGAGGGGAUGGGGCCCUGAGUUCAUAGACAUCACAUGGAAUGCUGGUGGACGCACAUCAGACUUGUCAUCGGAACUUGUUCGGACUUGUCAGAGUUUAAUUGGCAUUGAGACUUGCAUGCAUCUUACCUGUACCAACAUGCCUGAGGAGAAGGUUGAUAUAGCAUUGAAAGAAGCCAAGGCCCAUGGAUGCCGUAAUAUACUCGCUCUGCGCGGCGACCCACCAGCAGGCCAAGAUCACUGGUCGUCCGUCGAAGGAGGAUUUGAACAUGGUAUAGAUCUUGUUCGCCACAUUCGCACGCAAUACGGCGACUACUUCGACGUUGCCGUCCCCGGAUUUCCUCAACAAAUCACACUACCCCCCGAAGAAUUCGCUCAGGAACUCAAAUGGCUGAAGGAGAAGAUUGAUGCUGGGGUUAAUCUCAUCUUCACCCAAAUGUUCUAUGAUGUCGAUAUCUUCAUUAGAUGGGUAAAGGCUGUCCGCGACGCGGGCAUCACCAUCCCUAUCAUCCCCGGAAUUAACCCGAUCCAAACUUGGAACGGUUUCCUCCGUGCCACUCAGCUGGCGCAAACCAUCAUUCCUCAAUCCUACCUCAACGUGUUGGAGCCAAUUAAAAACGACGACGAACGAGUGCGAGCAGAGGGGAUAAAGUUGGUUUCUAGAUUGUGUCGUGACAUUCUGUCUGCCAAUAUCGGUAUCUCUGGCUUGCACUUCUAUACCAUGAACCUUGAAAGGGGCACAAAGAUGUUGCUUCAAGAACUGGAGCUUGUUCCUAGGGUGGAAGUCAUCAGACCGUUGCCCUGGCGUCAGUCUCUCACCCCUUCUAGACGAACCGAAACUAUCCGUCCUAUUUUCUGGGCGAAUCGGACCCAGUCGUACUUGUCACGAACAGAAAAUUGGGAUGAGUACCCGAAUGGCCGUUUUGGGGAUGCACGCAGUCCGGCGUUCGGCGAACUUGACGGAUACGGCGUAUGGAUAAAGCAGACGAAAGACCAAGCCGCUGAGAUCUGGGGACAUCCUGUCUCAAUCGCUGAAAUCAACGAUUUAUUUGCCAAAUUCUGUAUCGGAGAGGUCAAAGCUCUUCCAUGGUCUGAUCAGCCACCAUCUGCUGAAACCAGAGUCAUCGCGUCGCAGCUUGCACGAGUCAACACUUUGGGUUACCUCACAAUCAACUCCCAGCCGGCAGUGAAUGGUGUACACAGUGGCGACCCAGUGCAUGGGUGGGGUCCCACUAACGGAUAUGUCUACCAGAAGGCGUACCUUGAAUUUUUCGUAUCUCCAUCUCAGCUCAAUACUUUGAUAUCGCGUAUCUCACGAGAGCCUUUGAUGACCUACUACGCCAUCAACAACCAAGGCGACCUGAGAACGAACAACCACUCAGAUGGCCCGAAUGCGGUGACAUGGGGUGUUUUCCCUGGGAAGGAAAUCCUUCAACCCACAAUUGUUGAAGCUGUGUCAUUCAUGGCUUGGAAGGAUGAAGCUUUUGAGCUCGGCCGACAAUGGUCGCGACUUUAUGAACCUGACUCACCCACCCAUAAACUUAUCAGCGAAAUAAUGGACACCUAUUUCCUAGUGAACGUUGUUCAUAACGACUUCAAGGACACUAACCUUAUCUUUGAACCGUUCUUGAUGGACGAGAAGCUCGCAAAGGUUGACUGUGAUGUGAUUCCGAAUGGCGGUACAACGAAUCAUCUAGACAUUUCAAAACCAAGCGGUUUGGACAAAAUUAUCAAUGAUGUUGCUCGUGGACUAGUUUUAUCUUAA